AUGAUUUGGAUUCUGUGCUUGCACUUUAAGCAGGAAUCGAAAAGCUUACCUUUGUCUGUAGCCGAACGAGAGUUAAAAUCGAUUCCCACGAGUGCACAGAGAAAAUCGUUUGUAACCUCCUUGCCAAGCUUUCAGUAUCCUAUUUCUGUGAGCAGUGAAUCUGAAAAGGUUCCUUCAAACGAUGAACUCAUUUACCGUUAUCUGAAGACUCUUCCCGAAUUAGUGUUUUCGGAUCCUCAUAUUCAAGAUAAUUUGAAUCAGCUAUCUAAUUCUAACUCACCUUGGUUUUCAGAAUCGGCUAUUUUUCUGCAGAAAUUAGCCCCAUAUUUUUACCUUCCUUCAAAUGCAUUUCUUGAAAAAGCAAACUUGUACUUUCAAUAUCGCAUGCUAAAAACUUCUUCGAUUCAUCAUCUUGCCUUUGCCAUUUAUGAUGUGUUUUAUUUCUUCUUCUUAAAGAACGAUAAUCGAGGAUUCCGCAUGCAAGCACAGAAAAUUGUUCCCUUUAUGUCCUUUUUUAUGCAUAUAAACAUGCCCGAUUAUGUCUUUCAUUUGUACAUGAACUUACCUAAAAAAUUUCGGGAUAAAAUUGACAUUACCAUAUUAAAUAAUCCGUUUCGCAAAAUUUUUGCUCAUGCUUUUUCUGCUAUAGAAAAUCCUCUCGUUGUCUUACGUUCGCUUAAUAAGGCUGAUGCCAACAAACAUCGUAUAAGGAUUCUUUAUUUUCAUUAUUUACAUUUUUUAUUCGUUCAUGGAGAACAUCAAAAAGUUGUUGCUCUCUCUCAUGAAAUAUUCAACAAUUUUAAUUGGGUUGCUAGAGGUCCUUGUCAAUUAUUGAUGAACUCUUAUUUUCAGCAAAAUAAGUUGAAUGCGGCGGUACAAGUAUUUAAUGAAGUCUCGGCCAAGAAGCACACGCUCCAAUCAAACAAGGUACUUUUAAGGGACCUAUUAAGAAUCAUUACUUCAGCUGGUUAUUAUAAUCGAGACUCAUUUCAUAUGGUUCUUAAGAUUAUUUUAAAAACUGGAUAUAUACCUUCUCUUCAAAUUUUCUCAAGGCUCCUUACGGCCAUAUCAAAGUAUAAUAUGCCAGAGGAUCUUUUGCCAUUGAUCAAUCAGUAUAGAACACAGUUCAACAAUAGGUUAACUCCGAGCGUUUUUGUUGCUGCCGUUAAAGCGUUGGUUUAUUGCGGUGAUAUAAACAAUGUAAAACAGUUUUAUCAAGAAGCUCAAGCUACCGGAGAACUUAAAAACCUUAGACAUUUGUUCAAUUUGUUCCUCACAUCAACGACUGUAAGCCUUGACGCCUCCAUGGCAAUGAAUUUGCUAAGAACAUUCAAAAACGAUAGGUCUUUUAUUGAUGAAUCAACUUUGGUGAGCUGCAUCACCUUGUUUUCGCGAAGAAAAGAUUUAGAUGCCAUGGAAAAAGUUUAUAAGUAUAUAUCGGAUUUGGGCGUUCCGACUCCCGCUGAAGGAUAUGCAGCACUUCUAGAUGCUUAUAUUGAAGCAGCUAAUGACAAAAAGAUUCAAUUAUGCCUUGAAAAAAUUGAAGAGCUUGGCAUAGGUAAUAAUCCUAGUGUGAAUCGCAUGCUCAUGAGGUAUGCACUUUAUAAAUAUGACUAUGAGUUAUUACAACGUUGCACUGCUGUUGCACAUAAAUAUGAUAAAGGGGGACGUGAUUAUCUAUAUACAAUAAUGAUGCUCUAUCACACUAACGUUGGUGAAGUCAAGCAAGCUCUUAAUGUCUUUUCUACAAUUCAAAGACCAAAUGUUAUUCAUUUUUCAAUUGUGGUUACCAUACUUGGUAAUUUAAAGCAGCUUGAUCAAAUAAGAUCAUUAGAGGAGCGUAUGUCUUCAUUAGGAAUACAGACGACUCCAUUGUCUUUAGCUGCUUUUAUUACGAGUUACUGUAAACAAGGCGCCGAAGGUUUGGCACAGGCCGAACGAUAUAUGAAUACCAUUUUUCAAACCAAAGAACGCAGAGCUGCUAUUUUCAAUCCACGAACGGCAAAUGAUCUUCGAUACCCAGUAUCUUUAUUCUCCCCAUUGAUUCGGGAAUAUACCUCUUUGGGAGAUAUGGCGGAAGCAAAGAAUGUUCUUGCAUUGUAUCUAGAUUACCAUUCAAAGAGUAUCACUUCGCAACCUGACAUCCCCUUUGCUAUGGCUAGUAUGCAACUGUAUUGCUCUUUGCACGAUAACUUACUUGCUCGUAAAUUCUGGGAUUUAAUUUUACGGGUCGCAAGGCAGAACUUUAUGUCAACGAAAGUUGAAAAUUUUAUAUCAGGUAAGGAUGACAGUGCGGAUGAAGAAAGUGAAAUUGUUGCUGCUCAUAAAGGAAGCCUGAACACUUCAGCAGAAACGUACUUUUCUUUCUUAGCCAGUGUCAGCGCCUUUCACGAAUUAGAUAAAGAAUGGCUUCGAUUAAGAAAAUGGGGUGUUGAUUUUGACGAAUCCUUGUUGAAUAAACGUAUCGUAUGGACUUUAUACAGUGGUCGAAUAGACAUGGCAUUAUCUGAAUUUUGCGAGUAUUUCCUCACAAGGGAAAAACUGUCGGAAUACAUUGGAGAAGAGGAAAAUACUUCGCGUAUUGCUAGGUUUUUGUUAUCACCUAACUCUCCGGUUUAUGCAAGCACCUGGGACGUACUUCGAGAAAAGAUUGCUAUGGCUAAUGAGAACGGAUAUGUUCGUACUCAGAAUGCCGAAUUGAUGGCUGCAACCCAGUAUUUUCAAUUUUGGAAACAAAAAAAUAGAUUGUUGUUUACAAUUUUGUCGGGACUUUAG